CCUCCAUGGGCCAUAAACCCUGCUUCCAAACACCCCACUCACGGGAAAUCCCCAGAGUAGCUAAGCCAACACAAACAGCAGCAGGACCAUGGAUUGUGGAGGUGGUGGUGCUUCGGAUUCCAAACACCGACUAAAUCAACAGUCAGGAGAACCUCAACGGCCGCUUAAAGUCCGCAGAAUUGAAGAAAUUCGAGAACAAAGGGAAGAAGCAGAAGUAGGAGAGAAAUUAGAGAGCAUGAAAAACCCACCAAAACCAGGGUUACAGAGGUACUUAGUCGCAGUUGAGUACAUUGGCACCCGUUUCUCUGGGUCCCAGCAGCAAACCAACCAGAGAACUGCUAUGGGUGUUCUCCAGGAUGCAUUUCAGAAAUUUGUUGGGCAACCGGUUUCAAUCUUCUGCUCUAGCCGAACGGAUGCAGGCGUUCAUGCCUUGUCAAAUGUUUGUCAUGUAGAUGUUGAACGAAUUAGUAAGAGGAAGCCAGGUGAAGUGAAAGAAGGUGAUAUAACGGUUGUUGAUGUACGUAGUGUGCCCUCUGAUUUUCAUGCCAGAUAUAAGGCCCAGGAACGCACGUAUUAUUAUCGCUUGCUGUCAGGUCCAGAAUUUUUGUCAACAUUUGAGAGAAAUCGGGCAUGGCAUGUUCCAGAGGAACUGAACCUUCAAGCAAUGCAGGAAGCGUGCAAGGUUCUUGUUGGACUACAUGAUUUCAGUUCAUUCAGGGCUGCUGGCUGUCAGGCUAACUCACCUGUUAGGACGUUAGACGAGCUUCUUGUUUCCGAUCAUGCUUCUGCUCCAUAUUUUUUAUCCUCCAUUGAGAGGGAGCCGACGAAUUUUGGUGCAUGGGAUUCAUCAACGUGUGCAGAUAAUCCUGAUGCUCCAAAUGUCAGUGAAAUAGAUUCCAAUGGAUUUUGUCAAAAGUUUGGAAUGAGGAGAGGACACCGCUGCUUGGUAGUUAAAGCACGUGCACGCUCUUUUCUAUAUCAUCAGGUGAGGUUGCUCGUUGGUGUUCUUAAGUGUGUUGGCACAGGACAUCUUACAGUUGCUGAUGUGGAAAGGAUCCUUAAUGCAAAAACUGUAACAGCUGCAAGUCCCAUGGCUCCUGCUUGUGGCUUAUACCUUGGGUACGUGAAGUAUGAUUUGGAUUGAGAUGAUUAUAAAAUGAGUUUCGACUGGAAAAACCGAGGUGGUCGUGAUAGGCUGGGCUGUGGUAUUGUUUUGAGAUUUAUGAUGCUGUUUUACGUUUUUACCUGUUUCCAGGAGUUGGCAGUGGAUGCAGAUCUAGAUUCUCACAUUUCUUCUUUGAUAUUAGCUUAAGAUCAGUUCCAUAAGUUUUGCAUGCUAGUUUGAACUGGUUUGUAAAGCUAUGUUAAUGAUAUGAGCAUUCUAAAAUCUGUAACAUACAUAAUACAAAAUUGAUUUAGGAUUAUUUUUUACGAUUAUUUUGGCCGGCUGUCCCAAAAUAAUAUAAUGUUACGAUUAUUUUUUAGUAAUACAAACUUUAUACUAUA